CAGGCUCCAUGAUGUUGGGCUUCGCCCUCACGAUCGUGCGGUCUUACGACCUCACCCGCACGGACGCCUCCCUUUAUCGCGUCGCAAUCGCCACACCCCUGGCGACAUCAUGCAGUAUACCCAGGGCGACCUACCUAGAGGCAGGCUCGAAGAAGUCAUAGUGAGUGUCCCAGCGCCUGGAAGGAGUCUCCGGUCUGUCGGGAGUCGCUUAACUGCGCGCAUUGAGGUUCGCGACUGCCAGUGGUGGACCGAGCAGGCAGUUGCUGCGCUCAUCCAGGCGGGCAUUGUCCAUUCCAGAGCGAUGGGCAUCGUCGACGCGGCUCCGCCUAUUCUGCCAAUCUCCUCUCUUUUCUCCUUUCUAGUGCAAUGUUGCGUGUCUGUACUGAUACUAGGGUAUUCGUUGUAUUAACAUGCAUUGUUCUUCAUCCGUGUCCCCACGAACCGUGUUGCCGAAGCGUUUAUGGCUCAAUGACUCAUGGCAAUCCAA